CGCAAUGAAAUAGCGCGGGGCAGCGGGGUGAGGUGAGGUCUAGUGACUUAGAUGUUUGGAAACUAAGCCGACCCAGGAUCAUGAGGUUUUCAUAUAAAUAACAUCCAAGUCCUUUCUUCGCACUUUGGAAGAAAUAUUGCAGAUUCCUAUAAUCGAUUCACGUUUCCUUGUCCCACCAUGGCUUCAAGCGCUACCCCGCCCGUGCUCUCUCGAGACGCGGCUCUCGAACAUCAACCCAAAAAAGGCACAUACCAAAUCGUGCUCGCAAAUCCAUACCUAUUUGGCGUCGCAUUGUUCUCCUCGCUCGGCGGUUUCCUCUUCGGUUAUGACCAGGGCGUCGUAUCCGGUAUCCUAACCAUGGAAUCAUUCGGCGUCGCGUUUCCAAGGACAUAUCUCGAUAGUGGGUUCAAGGGAUGGUUUGUGUCGACUUUGUUACUUGCUGCCUGGUUUGGAUCUCUCCUAAAUGGCCCAAUCGCGGAUCGAGUUGGGAGGAGGAAGUCGAUUAUGUUGGCUAUCGUCAUCUUCACCAUUGGCUCUGCGGUCCAAGCUGGUGCUGUCAGUGUUGCGAUGAUUUUCGUCGGGAGAGCCAUUGCGGGUCUAGCGAUUGGAAUCUUGACUAUGGUAGUACCGCUCUACAUGGCGGAAGUCUCUCUCCCCGAGAUUAGAGGCGGUAUCGUAGUUCUUCAACAACUGGCCAUUACGAUCGGAAUCCUGUUCAGCUUCUGGAUUGACUACGGAACGAACCAUAUUGGCGGAACUCGCUGUGCGCCAAACAUCCCCUAUACAGGCGGAACAACUGGCUCUCGUACCUUCGAUCCAAGGUCCGAUGUAGGACCACAUGGCUGCACAGGACAAAGCGAUGCUUCGUGGCGGGUUCCGUUCUCUCUCCAGAUCCUGCCUGGACUUAUCCUUGGUAUCGGGAUGAUUUUCUUUCCUGAGUCUCCUCGCUGGUUAAUGAAACAAGACCGGGAUGAUGAUGCUAUUGUCGUCUUAUCCAAACUAAGGAGACAAGCUCCCGAUAAUCCGCUUCUGCUCGCCGAGUACGUCGAGAUUCGAGCCGAGGUUUCGUUUGAGCAGCAAUUCAUUCGAGAAACUUAUCCGAAUGUUUCUGCGCUGAAACUUCAAGGGAUACAGUACUGGAGUUUGCUUAGCAAUAAGUCGAGUUUCAGGCGACUGGCUAUUGGUUGUUGCAUCAUGUUCUUCCAGCAGUUUAUAGGCUGUAACGCCAUGAUCUACUACGCUCCAACUAUCUUUGGCCAACUGGGACUUGAUGGCAACACCACCUCCCUCCUCGCAACUGGCGUCUACGGCAUCGUCAACUGCCUCAGCACCCUCCCCGCACUCUUUCUAAUCGACAACGUGGGUCGGCGACCCCUCUUGAUGUGCGGAGCAUUAGGAACGAUGAUUUCGCUCGUCAUUGUAGCGGGUAUUAUCGGUGCUUAUGGUGAUGAUCUCGUGAACCAUAAAUCUGCUGGCUGGGCGGGGAUUGCAUUUAUAUAUAUUUAUGAUAUAAAUUUUUCGUAUUCCUUUGCUCCCAUUGGAUGGGUUUUACCUUCUGAGAUCUUCAAUCUGGCGAUCAGGUCGAAAGCUAUUUCGAUCACGACUUCGACUACUUGGAUGUGUAAUUUCAUAAUCGGUCUCGUAACACCGGAUAUGUUAGAUUCCAUCACAUGGGGCACAUAUGUUUUCUUCGCCGCAUUUGCUCUCAUCGCCCUUGUGUUCGUAUAUUUCCUCGUCCCGGAAACGAGAGGAAAGGCUCUUGAAGACAUGGAUGCUGUGUUUGGUGAUGCGGCUGCGCAUGAAGAGAAGCAGAGGAUGAGACAGAUUGAGGCACAGCUGACCGGACAACAUAUCCACGCUAUUAACAAGGACAAAGUUGUGGAUGAGGAGCAUGUUGAGUAGGAGUUUGGAAGCGAGAUGAAAGAAAGAAAUUGAGGACUUGGCAACGCGGAUAAUGAACAUCUAGCGAAGGUGUUGCAAUAGCGUACAGCUUGAAAGAAAGCAUUGAUAGAGACAGAAUAGAGC